GUCUCUCUCCUGACAUGCACGAACCAACUAAUAACUUCUUAUUAUACUAAUCACGUUAUUAUCUUAUUAAAAAAUAAACCCAUUUUGACCACAACCUUUCUCUAUAUAAACAUUUUAGUCUCCUCCUCUCUCUUUAUAACCACAACGAUUUUCUCUCUCUCACGAUUUAAAAAGCUAAACAAAAACCAUUGUUUUCUCUAUCUUUCUUCUCCAAAAAUGGCAGAAACAACAACAGUAACAUCUUCAUUGAAGCGUCAAAGAGAUGAGCAAGAACAAGAAAUCAUCAAAACACAAGAAGAAACGAAAAGACAAAAGCCUUCUUCAUCUUCUUCCUCGUACAACCAAGUUCUAACUCUCUUAAAAGAUGAAGCCGAGAAUGACAUAACUUCCCUAAUCACCACGCUUCAGCAAGAAAUUUCUAAUGAAGAGCAAAACGCUGCCGUUUUCGAAGAAAAUCCUUCUCUCUCUUCUUCUUGCUCCUCUUCCUCUUCUUCAUGCACUUCGAAAGAAGAUGAGUACGACGGAGAUAAAGAGAAAGUGAUGAAGCAUCUUCUUGAAGCAACUGACGACGAACUAGGAAUCCCUAACACUGAAUUUGGCGGGAGUAAUUAUGAGAUGAUUAAGAGUGAGACUAGUCAGGAUUACGUUAAUGGGUUUAGUUUAUUAGAUGGGUUUAGUGUUGGGCUUUGGGAGCUUGAGGAUGAAGCAGCUAAUUAUUACACGUUGCUACAAUCAGAACUGUUCAUGUAGAGAAGGGUAAAAUAGGAAAACAAGAAAAAGAGGAUGGGUGAAAAGUGAAAGUAAAAGACCAAAAUAUGAUGAUGAAGAAAAAAAGAGAUUGUUUUCUUUGGAAAUUAUUCAUUUUUCAUUAUUGGAGUUUUGUUUUUUUCUUUCCAUGUGAAUUUGACAAAUGUCCUCUUUUAUUCGUUUAGUUACUAUAUGAUUUAUAUUGGUUUUGAUUAAUUUCUAGUGGGACUAAUGAUAAUGAUACUAUUUUGUUGUUUUUGUCUUUAAACAUUUCAAUCAUACUAAUUCAAAGAACAUCUACCAAAAUAAAUAAAUAAUAUUAAUUCAAGUGGGUUUAAACCGGUCCCAUCAUCCAGGACCAUUAUGUUUUCAUCUUAUAAGUCUUCAUAGUAAUUUCUCCAAAAUAUUUAUAAAUGUAAAUCAGAUUUAAACUUCUAUUCGCUUGACAUAUGACAAAUAAAAACUUCUAGUUGCGUACCAUGUUGUAGUAUGUUCAAACUGUCCAAAAUACGUGUAUUUAACGAAUCUACUUUUCUUAUAACCGGGAUAAAUUUCAAACCAAACCUAGAGUAAUAAUUUCGAUUUAUGCAGAAGUUAAAAUUUUGUCAUAUAAGACAUUACGAGUGGUAGAAAACUAUGAUUGAAAAUUUCGGUAAAAAAAGUUAACUCUAGUAUAAAAUUUUCACUUGAUCACCGUAUUUUGGUCGUUACUAUUUUUUAAAAGAUAAUUUACUUCAAUCUUGAUAAAAUUAUAAAUAAGUUUUACGUAGACCUAAGCAUAAUCUUGAUAAUUGAAAUAGAACUAAACAACAAAUUACUCUAAACCCUCUUUUUGUG